AUGCAGAUUGUAGCCGAUAAGUUGGAUUUUAACUUAUAUCUGAAUGACAUCGUCACUGAAGCGAAUCCGAAGAGUAAAAAUAAACCGGUUUUACGACGUCGUAAGGAAUUAGCAAUUAUCACGACAAGUUUGAAUACGUUUGGUGGUAGGGCAAACACUACUCCAGUGAAAAUGGUCCCAAUACAAAUAUCAGAGACAGUGUCAGUUGUUCAGUUGCCGAACUACGAGGAAAGGACAGUAUCUAGCUCCGUGGAUAUUCUGUCUAUGCAGAGGUACAACGAGAAAGUGAACUUGGAGCCCUCGUUAGCUCCUGUCCAUUUUGCUGACACGAUGAUUUGCUACAAGGAUUCCACGCGGAAGAGAUUUGUAAGCAAAACAUAUUACGAACCCCGUGUAAAACCGCGACAGUUUUCAAACACUAUUUUUAUUUACCCAAAACGACCAGAAAAAUCGUUUGUGUCUCUUUUGGAUUAUCACAUGGAUGAAUGUAGACAGUGGUUUAAAACGUGUGUGGAGUUUAAAGCCAAAACAUACACGACUACAAAAGUGGAUAUUUUAAAUAACAAUAAAGAGAAUCUUUUAGUGAAUGGACUUUCUGUGGACUCGGUUAAACCAGGCCCUGGAGCCACAUCCAUGUUGCUUCCAUUAUACCCACCUAAGAAAGACUCUUUUGACGAUGAGAUGGAAGUGAAAGUUCAUUUAAAACAUCCGGAUAUCAAUAUGAAUGAUAGAAUACAAGUUAAGGGGUAUUAAAAACAAUUGUUAAUAUACAUAAUAAUAAUGUAGUUACACCAUCGGUUGGCGAUUUUCGGAUGAAUGUAAGUGCACCUUUUAUCUACAAUGGUGAAAAUCGUCUGACUUUGUGCUCAUGAAUUCUGUACAACGUUAAUAUUUUGUUUCCUAUUCUAUGGACAACCACUUUGACAUUCUUGGUGAACCUGUGAUGGUUAUACGACUCUCACAUAUAUGUGUCUUGGAGGCGGAGUUCAUCAGUUCUCUUGAAAUAUCGCUCU